GACAAUAUUCUCUGUACGAAAAACCCUUAACCCCAUGCACUCUGUUUCCUCUAGGAAAUCGCGAAUCCAUCUCUUUACUUUACUUAAAUAUCAUUUCGUCUUCAUCUGCAUUAUAAUCUUCUUCUGUUACUGUUAAGACUGUCCAAAAGUAGAAUCAAUUUUUUUUUUGCCUUUUUGUCCUUUAUUAUCUCUUCUUUUCCUUUUUGAGUUUUUCUUUUCUCAGCAUCGUAACGCGUAAUGUAUUUUUCAGAUUCAUAAAUCACACUAAUGUAAUGUAUAUGUAAAACUGUACCCACUCAACUCACUCACUCUCACCCAUUGUUUUUGUUGCCCUUUUUGAACCCCCUCGCCUCGAUUCGGCUUACUUCAUUUUUCGUUAAUUACGAUACUAGGGUUUUCACUCUACUUACAAAUGGCUUAACUGAGUGUACUCCGCUGAAAUCUAAGCUGAAUGUUGUUAGGAGUUUAUUGGGCAUUUCACCAUAUCGGAAGUGUGGAAGCUGAGGAUACACAGAUUCAGAAUGGGGCUAAAUUAGAUUAUGGAUCUGAUUGAGUUCUGAGAGUUUUGCUGGAAGCCACCGCCAAUGAUUAACUAGAGGUGUGGGCAUAGUAUAUUUGUUGUAUCCGAUUUGUAGAAUGGUUCUUUUCUGCAUGUAAGCUGGAGCUCUUUUGCUUCCUGGUGUUGUUGAGAAGAGGAAAUCAAUCUUCUUGAGGUUAACUAAGUGAGAUUUCUCAUUUAAACGGAGUAACGAAAAGAAUUAUUGUCUAAUAAAUUGAUAAGGAAGUUGUUGGAUUUGUGAUGGAUUUCUUCAAAGUGAAGAGGUUUAGAAAGGCUCAUAAACCGGAACUAGAGAGUGAUACAGAGGACAAGCCUGUUCCAUUGCCGGGAGAGCAAAAGAAUGAGAAUGGUAAUGUGGGAAAAACAGCUGAUGUUGAUUCCACUAAUGCUGAACUAGAAGACGACGAUGAUGACUUCAUCACUAAUGAGGUAAAGAGGAGGUUGAAGGAACUGAGAAGAAACAGCUUUAUGGUAUUAAUUCCUGAAGAGUCAACUCCAGAUGAUGAAGAUGCAGAUGCAGAUGAUGAAGAAGAACAGGCAAACAUGAACCCCAGUGAUUGGAGGGAUGUUGAAGCAGAAGGACGGCAGUUUUGGUCUGGGUUCAAUGCCGUAUAUGACAAAUACACUGAGCAAAUGCUGUUUUAUGACCGUCUGCAUGUUCAGCAGCUGCGUGAAAUUGGUUCACAUAUUCCAUCUACUUCUUCUCCAAGAUCUGCAUCUAAAAAACUUGUAUCACCCUUUCGGUGCCUAUCCUUGAAAAAAAUGGAUGAAUUUCAAGAUGAAACUCAGCACUUGCACCAGCCUGUGGCUGACAUUAAUCAAGAUCUUGAAACAUCUUACGUAACUCAGUUGUGCUUGACCUGGGAAGUUCUUCACUGUCAAUACACACAAUUGAGUCAGAAAAUCUCUAGCCAAUCUGAUAGUCCCAUAUUCUAUAAUCACAGCGCUCAGCAGUUUCAGCAGUUAUUGGUCUUGUUGCAACGGUUUAUUGAAACUGAACCUUUUGAACCGGGUACGAGGCCUGAAAUUUAUGCUCGCAUGAGAAAUGCAUUGCCUAUGUUACUUCAGGUUCCUAAAGUCCAAGGUUCCGAUCAAAAGAAAUUGGAAGAUGAUGAGUUGCCAGUUCUUGCUCCAGAUCUACGUAAAGUGAUUGAAAGUUCAAUCCUCACUUUUCAUCUAUUUGUGAAGAUGGACAAGAAAUCUAGCAGUGUACGCAAUCUUUUCGGAAGCCAGAACCAGAUGACAACACCCGUUCAUCAGGUUCAAUGUUCUCUUGAAAAGAAAAAGGUGAAACUGAAGGAACUAAGGAAGAAAACAAAGAACCUGAAGAAGAAAUCAUGGCCUAGCAUGGCAGCGGAUGUGGACUUGUUGCUUGGCCUAAUUGAUGUUAAAGUCAUGAAUAGGGUCCUAAGAAUGGAAAGAAUUAGUAAGGAGCAGUUAUUCUGGUGCGAAGAAAAGAUGAAGAAGCUAGAUGUAACUGAUGGCAAGCUGCAGAGAGACCCCUCUCUUAUCUUAUUUCCUGGUUAGCAGGCGAAUCGGAACUUUUGGCUUGCUAGAAAAACUACUAUCCUCUUUUUCCCCUCUGUAUUGGCUGUAUAAUAGGGUGGAUAUUCUUCAUCAACUGUUUGACAAUGGUGGUUUUUUAGUUGAAAAGACUUGAGUUUUAUUUAGCAAUGCGUUCCCCAUGGUUUUAUUAAGCCUCGUAGUAGUGGGGACAAGGCAUGAUGCUUGCGUUUUCAUAAUUUUUGCCAUUGCUUUUAAGAAACAAAUAGGAAGUUCUUUUAGUUUUUUGUUGCUUCACGGAGUGAUAAAUAUUCUUUAAAUGAUCAAUGGAGUGUGGCCUAGUGAUCAACAUGAGGGGAGAA